AUGGGGAUGACAGUGACACUACAAGUGAUGGCGACACCAGUGAUACAUCAGAUUACUCCAGUGAGGAUGACAGUGACACCUCAGCACGGUGUGUGUUCACCUGAUCCAGUGACGUUCUACAAAUGUACCUGUGACUCGGGAUUCACGGGGAACUUUUGUGAUACAGAAAUUGUGGAGAGUGAAGAUGACGAUGAAAGUGACGUAAGCAACCCGAACGAUGGGGACGACAGUGAUACUACAAGCGAUGACGACACCAGUGAUGUUGAUUCCACCAGCGAGGAUGGCAGUGAUACCACCAGUGGUGCAUCAGAUUCCACCGGCGGUGACGACACCAGUGAUGCAUCAGAUUCCACCGGCGGUGACGACACCAGUGAUGUAUCAGAUUCCACCGGCGAUGACGACACCAGUAAUGUAUCAGAUUACUCCAGUGAGGAUGACAGUGACACCACAGCGAUCGAUUGGUGUGCAAUCGACCCUUGUGAGCACGGUGUGUGUUCACCUGAUCCAGUGACGUUCUACAAAUGUACCUGUGACUCGGGAUUCACGGGGAACUUUUGUGAUACAGAAAUUGUGGAGAGUGAAGAUGACGAUGAAAGUGACGUAAGCAACCCGAACGAUGGGGACGACAGUGAUACUACAAGCGAUGACGACACCAGUGAUGUUGAUUCCACCAGCGAGGAUGGCAGUGAUACCACCAGUGGUGCAUCAGAUUCCACCGGCGGUGACGACACCAGUGAUGCAUCAGAUUCCACCGGCGGUGACGACACCAGUGAUGUAUCAGAUUCCACCGGCGAUGACGACACCAGUAAUGUAUCAGAUUACUCCAGUGAGGAUGACAGUGACACCACAGCGAUCGAUUGGUGUGCAAUCGACCCUUGUGAGCACGGUGUGUGUUCACCUGAUCCAGUGACGUUCUACAAAUGUACCUGUGAUUCGGGAUUCACAGGGAACUUUUGUGAGACAGAAGGUGAAGAUAACGAUGAAAGUAACGUAAUCAACCCGGACGAUGGGGAUGGCAGUACAGCAACAAGUGAUGAUGACACCACUGAUGUAUCAGAUUCCACCGGCGAUGACGACACCAGUGAUGUAUCAGAUUCCACCGGUGAUGACAACACCAGUGAUGUUUCAGAUUCCACCAGCGAGGAUGACAGUGUCUCCGGCGUGUCUCCGGUGGCGAUGACGACACCAAUAAUGUAUCAGAUUCCACCAGUGAGGAUGACAGUGUCUCCGGCGGCGAUGUUCAGAUUCCCCAGUGAGGAUGACAGUGUCUCCGGUGGCGAAGAUGACACCAAUGAUGUAUCAGAUUCCACCAGCGAGGGUGACAGUGUCUCCGGCGGCGAUGAAGACACCAAUGAUGUAUCAGAUUCAACCAGCGAGGAUGACAGUGUCUCCGGCGGCGAUGACGACACCAAUGAUGUAUCAGAUUCAACCAGCGAGGAUGACAGUGUCUCCGGCGGCGAUGUAUCAGAUUCCACCAGCGAGGAUGACAGUGCCCCCGGUACAGACUACUGUGUUCUCGGGCCUUGUCUGAACGAAGGCACCUGUAUCAAUGGUGUCGACUCGUACACAUGUCAGUGCUCCACUGGAUUUGAGGGAGAUAACUGUGAAACAAAAAUUGAGCAAAGUGAGACAAGUGACGAAACCGCCGAAGAUAGCGAUGAUGACAGUGACAGCGGCAGCUCUGACAGUCAGGAAGAAGAUGAUGACACUUCCUCUAGCCCCGCUGAUGAAAGUGACAGUGACGGCCCCGACAAUCAGGAUGGUGAUGAUACUUCCUCUAGCCCCACUGAUGAAAGUGACAGUGAUAGCCCCGACAAUCAGGAAGAAGAUGAUGACACUUCCUCUAGCCCCGCUGAUGGAAGUGACAGCGGCAGCUCCGACAGUCAGGAUGGUGAUGAUACUUCUUCUAGCCCCGCUAGUGGAAGUGACAGCGGUAGCUCCAACAGUCAGGAAGAAGGUGAUGACACUUCCUCUAGCCCCGCUGAUGAGAGUGACAGCGACGGCCCCGACAAUCAGGAUGGUGAUGAUACUUCUUCUAGCCCCGCUAGUGGAAGUGACAGCGGUAGCUCUGACAGUCAGGAAGAAGAUGAUGAUACUUCCUCUAGCUCCGCUGAUGAAAGUGACAGUGACAGCUCCAACGGUCAGGAAGAAGAUGAUGACACUUCCUCUAGCCCCGCUGAAGAAAGUGACAGUGACGGCCCCGACAGUCAGGAUGGUGAUGAUACUUCUUCUAGCCCCGCUAGUGGAAGUGACAGCGGCAGCUCAAACAGUCAGGAGCAAGAUGAUGACACUUUCUCUAGCCCCGCUGAUGAGAGUGACAGUGACGGCCCCGACAGUGAGGAUAAUGAUGAUACUUCUUCUAGCCCCGCUGAUGAAAGUGACAGUGACAGCUCCGACAGUCAGGAGGAAGAUGAUGACACUUCCUCUAGCCCCGCUGAUGAAAGUGACAGUGACAGCCCCGACAGUGAGGAUAAUGAUGAUACUUCUUCUAGCCCCGCUAGUGGAAGUGUCAGCGGCAGCUCCAACAGUCAGGAAGAAGAUGAUGACACUUCCUCUAGCCCCGCUGAUGAAAGUGACAGUGACAGCUCUGACAGUCAGGAAGAAGAUGAUGACGCUUCCUCUAGCCCCGCUGAUGAAAGUGACAGUGACAGCUCUGACAGUCAGGAAGAAGAUGAUGACGCUUCCUCUAGCCCCGCUGAUGAUAGUGACAGUGACGGCUCCGACAGUCAGGAAGAAGAUGAUGACACUUCUUCUAGCCCCGCUGAUGAAAGUGACAGUGACGUCUCCGACAGUCAGGAAGAAGAUGAUGACACCGCCUCUAGCCCCGCUGAUGAAAGUGACAGUGACAGCCUCGACAGUCAGGAUGGUGAUGAUACUUCUUCUAGCCCCGCUAGUGGAAGUGACAGCGGCAGCUCCAACAGUCAGGAAGAAGAUGAUGACACUUCCUCUAACCCCGCUGAUGAAAGUGACAGUGACGGCCCCGACAGUCAGGAUGAUGAUGAUGACACUUCUUCUAGCCCCUGCUGA